GUCUGUCUGCCUGUCUGUCUGUCUGUCUGUCUGUCUGCCUGUCUCCGGGUCUCGUGUUCCGGGUCAUGAGACUCUGGAGGUGUGUCUCCCUCAGACAGCUCGCGCCUGGACUCCUGUGUGCAGCGUCCCGGAGGCACGUGCGCUCGGUGUCCCGGUGUGUUCCGGUGUUCAGGUGUGUUCCGGUGUGUCCCGGUGUUCCGGUCGUCAUGGCGGAGGAGGCGAAGAAGCUGGCCGCGUGCGCCGCGGUGGAUAACCACGUGCAGAACAACCAGGUGGUCGGAGUCGGCAGCGGAUCGACCAUCGUCUACGCCGUGGACAGAUUAGCUGAGCGAGUGCGUCAGGAGAAACUCAACAUUGUGUGUGUGCCCACGUCCUUCCAGGCUCGUCAGCUGAUUCUGCAGCACGGCCUCACGCUGUCGGAUCUGGACAGGCACCCAGAGCUGGAUGUUGCGAUUGAUGGAGCGGACGAGGUGGAUGUCGAUCUCACGCUGAUAAAAGGUGGAGGCGGCUGCCUGACGCAGGAGAAGAUCGUAGCCGGCUGCGCUAAACAUUUCGUUGUCAUCGCCGACUUCAGGAAGGACUCCAAGGCUCUUGGCCAGCAGUGGAAGAAGGGAGUUCCCAUUGAGGUGAUCCCCAUGGCGUACAUUCCUGUCUCUAGGACCAUAGCCAGACGCUUCGGAGGGGAAGCCAACCUUCGGAUGGCUGUCAGUAAAGCAGGUCCUGUCGUCACUGACAACAGCAACUUCAUCCUGGACUGGAAGUUUGAGCACGCUCAGAACUGGAAAGAAGUCAACACCGCAAUCAAGAUGAUUCCAGGUGUGGUGGAGACGGGGCUUUUUGUCGGCAUGGCUGAACGAGCCUACUUCGGGAUGGAGGACGGAAGCGUGCAGGUUCGAGAUCCUCCGGUCAACUGAGGAGUUUGCCAUAAUCACCGUCUCUCUCUCUCGCCUCUUGAAAAUGACCUCACCCCCUCCCGCAAGUGCCGUGUUCACGAUUUACACCCGGUUUCAGACUGUGUUUGGACGGAGCUGCACCACCUGCAGAACUAGACAAAGAUGUAGCAGGUCUCAGAACCUGAUCCACGUCAGGAGCACUUGGUAUUUUUCUCAUCCUGCAGAUGGUGCUUCUGAGUCUGACAGUUUUAAAGUGCCUGAUGAGUAAAAAAAAACAAGUGCAUCUGAUUUCCAUAGUGUUUCUUUUCUCACUCUGUUGUUUGGCUGCCUGGUCUCUGGGAAUGUUGGCUCGUCCUGUAAUUGGCGGGUUUGACUGAAUGUCUGCAGUGCUGUGGUGAAUCACUGCAGUGCUACAGAAUGAAACUAAGGUGUGCUUUGAGAUUGUAUUAAACAAUUCUGCUAUUAAAGUCGCAUUUAAAAUGCUCAUGAACAUACAUCAAACUAUUGGCAUCCGCCGGGCUGCUGCAAAAAGUCCACUAGUCAAGUUAAACAGUCGGAAAGCUGAUAUGCCUCAAAGUCAUUUUAAUUAGAUCACAGAAGGGGGAGUGAUACGAGCUGUAUACGACAACAUAAAGAAGUUUUUUUUCUUUCUUCAAGAAAUUAAUUUCUCUAAUUAAUAUGCUAAUUUAAACAGCAAAAGGCUCCAAAAAUUAAUGAGAUCCUUGAUAAUUUUGGGAAACCCUGUGGUGCAGGUAUGAAGCUUCCAUUAUUUGACAUGUUCCGCUGUGAUAAUCGUGUGUGUGUGUGUGUGUGUGUGUGUGUGUGUGUGUGUGUGAGAGAGACUUAAACAGUCACAACAAAUGGUUUGAAAUAUACGACUAGGAGCAAAUAACUGGUCCUCAGAGCAGAAAAGAAGCAUUCAGUCUCUGCAGGCAAAAGGUUUUGAGAAUCCUCACACUCAAGGUCAAAUCAUCUUAUCACUGUGAGUGUGUAUCCUCUCACACUGUGGAGGCAGCAGCAGCUUCACCUUUCAUUUUGUGUUGUGCUCUGUGAUCUGCAGCAGCACUCUGUUUGUUUUGUCUAAUUUUGAGACCAUUCAGCCAAACUCACUGACUCAUGUUCAUCCUCUUAAAGUAAAGCUGAAAUUGUUGAACUUGUUCUGAAGUCUUCCGGAUAACUGUACAGGUUAGACAGGUGUGCGUUUCAGGAUUGUGUCACAUGAGACGAACAUUUUGGUUGUUGAAUGAGUCACUGUAGCCGUGGACCAAUGAUCUUGGUUCCUGCUCUGGGUGGACAGUGGAAACCUUCUGGGGUAUUCUUUCAGUUUCAACAGAAACUCCUGUAGAGUUAAACUCAGCAGGUCAGAGUCCACGUGCUCUCUCGCUCAAUGUGUUUACUUUCAUGCAUGCACCUCCUCCCUCUUGUUGUUUGUGCCUGUACUUGCAUUGACAGUUUCUUAUUCCUGUACACAAGCCAUCCGGUCACAUGGAGCCUUGUGCCAUAAACUUCAUAACAACUAUAGAAAGAACAUUUUGAGGUGACUGGUCAUAAUUAAUGCUGAACUGUUGUAGCUCAAAUCUGAACCAACAGCGCUUACUAUGUGCCUUGGCAUGCCAAAGCAAUAGAACACACUUUUUAUUAAAAAGUACAGAUUAUGUAGCCGGCCAUAUCGUUGGAACAACUGCCGCUUUAAAAGCUGUUAUCAGGUUUUUACAGAAGACAUUUCAAUAUAUCAGUGUAUCAAAGAUGCAAAAGACAAAAGAUGAAACUCAAAGGUUUGAUUUAGUUUGAACAUAUUUCAUGUUUGGUCAGUUUGUUUCACACGGUCCCCUGAAGAUCUUGCACUCAGUGUGCAGCAGCAGGUUUCAGUGAGAGAAGGUCACCAUUCUUUUCAAGUUGUCUCUUUACACUGAGGAUGAGACACGUCACUGUCCACAACAACCAUCACUGGUUUGAAAAUUGUGAUAGUUUGUCAUUUUUUUCUUUAUAAGUGAUAUCUUUUAUCUUGGAAAGCAGCUUUUCGCUCACUGUUUCUGGCUCACGAUGCCUUACACUGGGUUUGUUUUUGUAUGUUUUUGUACGUACAGCUCAGAGACUGAAGAACAUCAAGCCUGGGAAAUGUAAUAAAAUCAUGCAGUUAGUUAGCUCACAUGUUUGUCUACAAGUCAUUUUACAGAGCACGGGAACAUCCGAUUCUGUUCCAGCCUAAUCCUGCUCAUGUACACAAAGUGUGAGUUAACUUUGACUGAGAAUACGUGGCCUGGUUUGGGUCCGGUACAAGUCGUGCACCAUGUUAGAUGUUUUUGCACCAGCAGUUCUUUUUUUCUUUUCUUUACCAAUUGACUGUGAUAAUGAUUUUUUGCUGUGAAGGUACUAUUUUCUCUGUCAACCAAUACAGGACCAAACUGAUAA